AAAUGCGCGUGGCUGGUCGGGGGUGGGGUGGGAUCUGACCCCAGGUGGGCUGGCUCGCAGCCCAGACCCACAGCAGGACCCCGAGCCUCUCUGCCAGGGCUCCCGGCAUGGGGGUGUUGGCCCCUGCCCGUGGUCCGGGCCUCUUUGGGGAGGACAUGCUGGUCUCAGGCAAACACACUGAGUCUCCGUGCCACCCAGGCUGUACAGCAGGGGACCCACAGCACUUACCUGCUCGGAGCCUGUUUCCUCACGGGCGUCUGUGGGGCCUCAGCAGGGCCCCCCCACUCUGACUCCCCUCCCCACCUCUGACCAGGUUUGUAGCAGGUGACAGAUCAAAGGAGGCACCGUCAUGGCCGGUCCCCUCAGUGGGACAAUGACCAGGACACACGGGGCCCUGCCUUCUGGAGGGGACUCUGACGGGCAGACAGGAGUGAAUGAGCAAACAGAUAGAUGACUCAGGCUGUUUCACGUGGGGCUCUGAAAGAGAACGAGUCGGGGGCGAGGGUACCGAAGGGCGGGGGAGGGCUGCUAUAGACAGGGAAGGCCUCCUGGAGUUGGAAAGUUGUCAGAUGUGAUGGGGACAGAGCAUUCCAUUGCAGGGGCAACGGCAAGUGCAAAGGCCCUGGGGCAGGAAUGAUGAGAGGAGCAUGAGGGGGCAGAGGCCAGCUCAUGCUGGGAAGGGGUUGUCUGUGGUCGGGGGCUGUGGACAGACCUGCCAGCUGGCAGGCAGGCCCAGGCCACACCCCAGGGUGCAGCUCUGCCUGCAAAGAGCCUCCGCUGGGAGACUCCCUGUGGGACCUUGGGCCUCGGCGUCCCCAUUGAACAGGGAGCAGUUGGACUUGUCAUUGCCAAGGGCCCCCUGGGACUGAGCCCCUGCACUGGCAUGUGGGGUGGGCACAGGGCGGUGUCUUGGCUGACCUGUCAGAGGACAAAAAAGCACAUGGUUUCUUGCAUGCGGGGGCCACAGGCUUUCCCCAGGGCUGCUCACCUACCCCAGGACCUGACCUGGGACCACCCAGCAUGGCCUGCGCUGGCAUGGCCCCCCGGGGAGGGGCUUGUUGUCUGGGGUCACCGGUAAUCCUGUCUCACUUUUGCCACCUCAGGAGCUCCCUGGAGACCGGAAGCAGCCUCUCCACUGACCGAUACAGUGUCGAGGGCGAGGCCCCCAGCAGCGAGACUGGCACGUCGCUGGACAGCCCCUCCGCCUACCACCAGGGCCCCUCGGCGCCCGGCUCCGGCCUGGGCCCGGACCACUCCGAGCACACGCCAGGGGGCGCCUAUGGGCUGUAUGCGGGGCCGCCCGGGCAGCAGCGCACGCGGAGGCCCAAGCUGCAGCACUCGACCUCCAUCCUGCGCAAGCAGGCCGAGGAGGAGGCUAUCAAGCGCUCACGGUCCCUCUCCGAGAGCUAUGAGCUCUCCUCCGACCUGCAGGACAAGCAGGUGGAGAUGCUAGAACGGAAGUAUGGGGGCCGCCUCGUGACCCGCCAUGCGGCCCGCACCAUCCAGACAGCCUUCCGCCAGUACCAGAUGAACAAGAACUUUGAGCGGCUGCGCAGCUCCAUGUCCGAGAACCGCAUGUCGCGCCGCAUCGUGCUGUCCAACAUGAGGAUGCAGUUCUCCUUCGAGGGGCCGGAGAAGGUGCACAGCUCCUACUUCGAGGGCAAGCAGGUCUCAGUGACCGACAAGGGUGCCCCGCUGGAGGCCCUGGUGCCGGCCGAGUGCAGAGACCUGGGCCCGCCGCCUGCCCUCCAGGCCCCUGCCCCGGCCGGCGACUUCGCAGAUGCCAUCACGGAGCUGGAGGACGCCUUCUCACGGCAGGUGAAGUCGCUGGCCGAGUCCAUUGACGACGCGCUCAACUGCCGCAGCCUGCACACCGAGGGGGCCCCCGUGCCCGACGUGGGGCGGACCCGGGACGCCGAGCCCUCGCCGGCCCUGCAUGGCGCCGAGCACCGCCAGCUGGACGAGAUGACCGCCUCGUACAGCGAUGUCACCCUGUACAUCGACGAGGAGGAGCUGUCACCACCCCUGCCCCCGAUGCAGGCGGGCCGCCGGCCGUCCAGCGCCGAGUCGGACCUGCGGCUGCGGCCCGGGGGUGCUGCCCAGGACUACUGGGCCCUGGCCCACAAGGACGACAAGGGGGACACAGACACCAGCUGCCGGAGCACGCCCUCGCUGGGGCCACAGGAGCCGCGGCUGCGCGGGGAGCACCUCCCGCUGCUCACCAUCGAGCCGCCCAGCGACAGCUCCGUGGACCUCAGCGACCGCUCGGACCGCAGCUCGCUUAAGAGGCAGAGCGCCUACGAGCGCGGCCUGGGCGGGCCGCAGGGCAGCCCCAAGCACGGCCCCCAUGGGCCCCCCAGGGGCCUCCCCCGGGAGGAGCCGGAGCCGCGGGCCCGGGCGCCCAGGCCCCUGGAUGGCCACCUGGCCAUCAAUGGCUCGGCCAACAGGCAGAGCAAGUCCGAGUCGGACUACUCGGAUGGGGACAACGACAGCCUGAACAGCACGUCCAACUCCAACGACACCAUCAACUGCAGUUCCGAGUCUUCGUCCCGCGACAGCCUGCGCGAGCAGACACUCAGCAAGCAGACCUACCACAAGGAGACCCGCAACAGCUGGGACUCGCCCACCUUCAGCAACGACGUCAUCCGCCGGCGGCACUACCGCAUCGGCCUCAACCUCUUCAACAAGAAGCCCGAGAAGGGCGUCCAGUACCUCAUCGAGCGCGGCUUCGUGCCUGACACGCCGGUGGGGGUGGCCCACUUCCUGCUGCAGCGCAAGGGCCUGAGCCGGCAGAUGAUCGGGGAGUUCCUGGGCAACCGGCAGAAGCAGUUCAACCGCGACGUGCUCGACUGUGUGGUGGACGAGAUGGACUUCUCCGCCAUGGAGCUGGACGAGGCUCUCCGGAAGUUCCAGGCGCACAUCCGGGUCCAGGGGGAGGCCCAGAAGGUGGAGCGGCUGAUCGAGGCCUUCAGCCAGCGGUACUGCAUCUGCAACCCCGGGGUGGUGCGGCAGUUCCGGAACCCAGACACCAUCUUCAUCCUGGCUUUUGCCAUCAUUCUGCUCAACACCGACAUGUACAGCCCCAAUGUCAAGCCCGAGCGCAAGAUGAAGUUAGAGGACUUCGUCAAGAACCUCCGAGGCGUGGACGACGGGGAGGACAUCCCCCGGGAGAUGCUGAUCGGGAUCUACGAGCGGAUCCGGAAGCGGGAGCUGGAGACCAACGAGGACCAUGUGUCGCAGGUGCAGAAGGUGGAGAAGCUCAUCGUGGGGAAGAAGCCGAUUGGAUCCCUGCACCACGGGCUCGGCUGUGUGCUCUCGCUGCCGCACCGGCGCCUGGUCUGCUACUGCCGGCUCUUCGAGGUUCCAGACCCAAAUAAGCCCCAGAAGCUUGGGCUGCACCAGCGAGAAAUCUUCCUGUUCAAUGACCUCCUGGUGGUCACCAAGAUCUUCCAGAAGAAGAAGAACUCUGUGACGUACAGCUUCCGACAGUCCUUCUCCCUGUGCGGCAUGCAGGUCCUACUCUUCGAGAGCCAGUACUACCCCAACGGCAUCCGGCUCACAUCCGCCGUCCCCGGAGCAGACAUCAAAGUGCUAAUAAACUUUAACGCUCCCAAUCCUCAAGACCGGAAGAAAUUCACUGAUGACCUGCGGGAGUCCAUCGCGGAGGUGCAGGAGAUGGAAAAGCACAGGAUAGAGACGGAGCUCGAGAAGCAGAAGGGCGUCGUGCGGCCCAGCAUGUCCCAGUGCUCCAGCCUCAAAAAGGAGCCGGGCGGCGGGACACUGAGUCGGGCCUGCCUGGAUGACAGCUACGCCAGCGGCGAGGGCCUCAAGCGCAGUGCCCUUAGCAGCUCCCUGCGCGACCUCUCAGAAGCGGGUUCGCUCUCACGCAGAGUGCGUCGGGCCCCGCUGGCGGGUGUGUCCCCCGCACUCUGCUGCCCCGUCCCCGUGCUUCAUGCUGAUGAAUGAGAUGGAAUGAAGCCCUUGCUGCUGUGUCUGGGACCCCGUCUCCCACUGUCCCAGGUCUUGCUUUCCCCACAGAGGUCUCCCUUCCUGGGAAACCCGGGCCUCUGUCCAGCCCAGAGACGCGGCCACACCUGGCCCUGGGACGUCAGGGGAAAGCCCUGGCGGAAACGUGAUUCUCGUUGUUGUUUCUUUGUUUCUGUGUGUGUCUGAUUCGCUGCCAGCCUCUUAGUGUGCGUGCAAGCAAGCAGCACCCCUCGAGCCGCCCAGGUUUCCUGGGGCGGGGGCCGUGCGUGGAGCAUCAGUGAGCAGGGAGCUUCUGCUGGUGGCCCUGCCUGACCUCGGCUGGGGGGGUGGGGAGGGGAGCGCUGCUGCAGCCUGCUUCGCCUGCCAGCGCUGUCAGUCGGAGGAGCCAGGAGCCACGGGGUGAGGGGAUGCACGCCGGCGGCUCUUCAGCCCCCCACUAGGCGUAUCUAGCCAGGCAGCUUCUCCCAUGAGGAAGCUCAGGGGCUGCGGCGGAGCGGAGGGAGCCGGACACGGGGGCACGUGGCUGUGCCAGGACCCCAGGCUCCCACCCCAAGGCCCCAGCUGUCCCAGCCGCAGGAGCCUGACGUAACCGCGGCUCUGCUGGCGAAGACCCUCUCAGGCUGAGACCGGCCUCCUCCUCUCCAGGGCCCAGCAGACCCCUCCCCACCAGGGCCUCGCCCACGCCCCCGGCCUCAGGCAUCACCGCUUGACCAGCUCUGGGCCCCGUAGAGAAGCUGCUGAUGACCCCAUCCCUCCCUUCAGCUUAUUCAUUUCCCAGAAUGUUUUUCUUUUUUUUUUUUUUUUUUUGAGUUGGAUUUUUUUCUUUGUUUCUGUCUUGUCAUUUUUUUUUUCCAUAGUGAAAAUCCGAAUUGCAUGGCCAGCGUGAGAGUCAAGCAGGGCUUCUCAACCCCGGCUCUGCUGACAUCUUGUGCCAGACCAUUCCUGGCUGUGGGGACUGCUCUGUGCAGGACGCUUAGUAGCAUCCCUGGCCUCUGCCCACUAGAUGCCAGUAACACCCCCCAGUCAUGACAACCAGUAAUGUCCCCCCAAAUUGCCAGGUGCUCUCUGGGGGAGAAAUACCACCCCUGGUUGGCAGAAUUGCUGUGGUUGAGAACCACUGGUUUUCCCCGUGGCUUGUUACACCCAGCUAAUCGUAACCAGACUGCUCGGGGCCUCUGCAGGCUGGGGGCCCAGGGCCUGUGUUUGAGUUUGUGCAGUGGGGCAGGUUCUGGCCUCCCUGGGUCCUGCCCAGCCCCCUCGGGUAGCAGUGGCCUCAGCCGUCCACUGUCUGCUUAGGGGCCAGACAGAGCUGCAUGCCCGGGCGCAUGGCCAUGUGAAGGGCGGAGCCCCGAGGUCUGGCUGAUUUCUGUUUAUCGUUACCGUUGCCAUUUUUGUUUGGGGAUUCUGAGCCGAGAAGGACUCCAGGCAGCGAGUCCUCUCAGGUCCUAAACCACCGUGAAGAGAAUCCCCGGGAAAGUGCCCCCUGCACCAAAGGCGGUAAGGUGGGUGUUUGAGCCCUGAUGACCGCCAAAGCCCCAGGCUGGGACAGCCCCCCUGCGACCUCCAGAGGAAGACGGGCCAAUGCCAGCUGCCUGCCGGAACAUGCCGGAGACGUGCCCCAAUGUGCUGGACUGGGUCGGGGCAAAGCUCUCCCGCACCCGCCGUGCCCCGACCGAGAUGGGCUUGUCGGGAAGAGGUGAGGCUCAGGGCCAGCCGCUCCCUUCGGGACAGUGACGCCCAGCAGCCGGCUUGUCAUCGCUCCCAGAGCAGCUGCCCCAGACCUGCGACCACACAUCCAUCCAGGAGACAGCACCCGGGGAUGUGCCCUCGGCCCGGCACGAGCCUCUGGGAUCUGGGAGGCAGUCGUGGUUUGACGGCCCAGGAAGAGAGGGGCGGCAGACUUUCCUAGAGGCGGGGGGGGGGGGGGGGUGUGCCUGGCCCCCAGCCCGGCCCCCCUGCUGAGCUGCGAGGCCUCGCCCCCUGUCUCCACGUGGUCUUCCUUCAGCUGGGCCCUCUGCUCGCCUCAGUGGCACCAGAGCCCUGCCAGCCUGAGAUCAAGGACCCACAAGGACCUCUGACACAGGUGCGACUACUGAGCCUUAGCUCCUGCCGCAGAUCAGCCAGUCACAGUGGACACUGUCCACGGACCCCGAGGCCCCCAGCCCCUCACCCGCCGAGCUGCCCAACACCAGUCCCCACGGACAGGACAUCUCCCGGGCCCGCGGGGUCUGCUGUCGUUACCCGGGGCACAACUGGAAGACUGCCACCUCCUGCACCUGUUAGGGAAGAGCUGGCGGCUCCUGGCGGCCAGUUUCCAAAGCAGCCCCUGCUGUCCCACGAUGGGCGCUCCACACGUGUAGCAGCCAGUGGGCCAGCGGCUGCCUCUCCUGGGGUGGGGGCCACGCUCGGGGUGGCCUCCCAAGCAGAGCCCAUCAGAGGGCCGCGCAGCACGCCGAUUCCGGGGUCUUUGGCUCCGGGCCCUGGUCGAGUUACACCUCUGGGCCUGGGUUCCCCAGAUGCAGGCGGGACUAGCGCUGCCCUCCAGAAUCUGUGAGAGUCAAUACCCGCAGAGCGUUGGGGGUGGGGCCUGGCCUGCGUGCUGGCUGUUGUCACCCUCAGUGUUGCUAGGGCCAUGGUGCGAGGCCUCGGGCAGAGCCCUGUCUGCCUGCUGUCCCAACGCUGAGAAGCCAGGAAUGCUGGGAAGAGCCGCACUGGGCGCCCCGUCUGGAUGUGGCUCCCAAGCUGUCCGUGGCCGGGCUGGCAGGGCCUGCUCUGGCCCUUGAGAGGCGCCAGCUGAGGCAGGGCUCACCUGAGGCCUGUGCAGGAGCCGGAGAUGGCUGGGGGGGACCCCCAAACAGGGCAGGCAAGGAAGGAGUGGUGGGGAUACGUGAGUGGGAGCAGCUGGCCCGGCUCCUCCUCCGCCAGUAGGUGGUAUGCAGGUGUGCAAACACCCACACGUGCGUCUGCUGUGGGCAGGUGUCCACGGGCGUGCCUGGGACUGGAGUGCAGAGGACUCCUGCGGGGACAUCCCGUAUCUCCUGCUGAGUUGAGAAGUUGAAAAGGUGAAGUCUGAGAAACUCAGAAUCACUCCAAGACAUCCAAGUUAGAGCUCUCCUGAGUCUUGGCCCACGGCGGGCAGGAGGGGGGCCUGUUCAGCUCCAGCGGGGGCAGCAUAUGAAGCCACAGCCCCCAGCCCCGGGCCUGGCCCAGUCCUGUCGGGAGAAGCAGGCCGGCUGGAGCGCGCUGCUAGCCCGGCGGGGCCUCUGUCUUCCCUCUCUGUUCCUGGUCCUUAGUCAGAGGAGUGUCCCCAGCCUUAUAGGGGCUAGAGUGCAGAUUGAGACACCCCAAGGACAGCAGAGGUCUGAGCAUAGCCAUCCCAGGGAGCGGGGGCCAUGCCUAGUGGACAGAUGUGGAAACUGAGGCAAAGAGUGGACGGCGUGCCAGGUAGGGUCACGCCUCCAGCUGCAGAGCCCCCCUUCUGGAGGCUGGACUCUAAUUCUGUUGCAUGUCCCCGGGCCACCGUGUUGGGACCGAAGGCAGGAAGGAAAGGUCACCCCUCUUCUCAUACCGGCGGAAAGAGGAGGAAGGGAAGGGUCAUUUUCAGCUGGGAACGAGGGCCAGUUCCCGCCUGGUGGUCCGUGGUCUUCAGCAGCCUCAUCCACUGUGUGGCGCAGUUCCGAGUGGGCUCUGAGACCAGGGUCCAGCGCGGCCUUCAGUGGACCCCAGGCUCCCAGCUGGAACUCAGGUUUGGGGGUCAGCAGGCAAGGCAAAGUCACCGGAGCUCCCCUGAGCCUGCCGUUGUGAGCCCAGGCCCAAGGGCCUGUCCUAGGCACGCGCAGCUGCCACCAUGAGGCCGGAAGGAUCCAGACACACCCUCUCCACCCAGCGCGGGUCCGGGAUGUGGGCCACAGGGUGGCACGAGGCAGCAGCUUCCAUCUUCCAGGCUCCUGGGUCCAGCCCGGGUCCAGCUCAGAAGGCAGCGUGGCCAAGAUUUCCCGCCUCAGGUGGACGGGCAGACACGGUGUGAACCUGCUCACUGUGAGGACUGAGCCGGUCAGUCCAUCGGCCAGAGCUUCCGUCUCCUCCUGGUGUGGACAGCGGGACACCCGUCCUGCACUGUGGGGCUUGGCCAGGCCUGCACAGGUGGAAACUGGAAGAACGUCUUGGAGCCUCUUCUCUGCCUCAGCCUUGGUGUCCUGCAGAAAUGCCUGGAGAAGUCGUCCGGGGGACCUGCGGGGGCCAGGGCAGGCGCUGGACGUCCAGAACCAAGAGGAAGACUCAGUCUCCUCUGGCACAGCCAACACAGGUUGCAUGCCUGCUACGUGCCAUGUGCGGGGGACACAGAGGCGUUGGCAGUGAGGGCUUACGACUGGAGAACGCGUGUGGCAUCCCAGUGGGCCGUGACCACAGAGGACUCCAGGCCCUGGGCUGGGAGGAAGUCCCAGCAUCCCUGUCCCUGGCCAGACACUGCACAAACCAAACAUGGCCCCAGGGUGCGGCCCCUCUGCUCCACCAGGAGAAGGAGGAUGUGGAGUUUAGUCUCCUAACUCAGGCCCACCAGCAGCCGGGGAGGCAGACGUGUGUGCGUGCGUGUGCGUGCGUAUGUCCAUACAUACGUAUGUGAAAUCCACCGAAGGUCAGGCCGGGCAGGACCACGCUUAGCUCGUCUUAGCUGUGGGAGGAGCUGCCCUUGCCCGUCCCCGCGGGCAGGCGGCUGAGGCUGCCUGGACCUCGGGGUCAGCCGGGCCUGUGUGCCCACCCCAGCCCCCCAGAGGCCCCUCCCCCCAGGCUCCUGGUCCCGGAGAGGGGGUUAAAGUUGGGCUGGUUGAAAAAGUUUUUGUUUUUUUUGUUUUUUUUUUUUUUUUUGGCUUUUUAAGAACCCCAUUGUCUUGUUAACUCAUUACUGCCCUGCCACCGGCUCCCCCGGGCCAUCCGGCGGCAGCGCCCCGCCCCGUGUCGCGUCUAACCUGUGGUAUUGCAUGUUCU